AUGGACUUCAACGCUAAAAAAUUUGAAGAGCAGGAGGUCAAGAUCUUUGUGAAGACUAGUCAGAGAGAGGCAGAAGAUGCAUUUGUCAACAAAGAGAAGGUGCAGAAAGAGGUGAAAGCUGCACUAUCAGAAAAUGCCACGCUGAGCUGCGAGGUGGCCCAGGAGAAGACCGAUGUGAAAUGGUACAAGGAGGGGAAACUGAUCACCUCGAGCAAGAAGUUCAAGGUGGAGUCGGAGGGCAAAUCGCGUCGCCUGGUGGUGGGUCAGGUGGAGAAGAAAGAUGCUGGGGAGUACACCUGCGAGGCUGCUGGCCAGAAACUGACCUUCAAGGUUGUCAUUACAGAAGCAGAAGAUGCAUUUAUCAACAAGGACAAAGUGAAGAAAGAGGUGAAAGCUACACCAACAGAAAACGCCACCCUGAGCUGCGAGGUGGCCCAGGAGAAGACCGAUGUGAAAUGGUACAAGGAGGGGAAACUGAUCACCUCGAGCAAGAAGUUCAAGGUGGAGUCGGAGGGCAAAUCGCGUCGCCUGGUGGUGGGUCAGGUGGAGAAGAAAGAUGCUGGGGAGUACACCUGCGAGGCUGCUGGCCAGAAACUGACCUUCAAGAUUGAUGUCACAGAAGCAGAAGAUGCAUUUGUCAACAAAGAGAAGGUGCAGAAAGAGGUGAAAGCUGCACUGUCAGAAAACGCCACGCUGAGCUGCGAGGUGGCCCAGGAGAAGACCGAUGUGAAAUGGUACAAGGAGGGGAAACUGAUCACCUCAAGCAAGAAGUUCAAGGUGGAAUCGGAGGGCAAAUCGCGUCGCCUGGUGGUGGGUCAGGUGGAGAAGAAAGAUGCUGGGGAGUACACCUGCGAGGCUGCUGGCCAGAAACUGACCUUCAAGAUUGAUGUCACAGAGCCAGAAGUUGUGUUUACAAACAAGGACAAGGUCCAGAAGGAGGUGAAAGCUGCACUAUCAGAAAAUGCCACGCUGAGCUGCGAGGUGGCCCAGGAGAAGACCGAUGUGAAAUGGUACAAGGAGGGGAAACUGAUCACCUCGAGCAAGAAGUUCAAGGUGGAGUCAGAGGGCAAAUCGCGUCGCCUGGUGGUGGGUCAGGUGGAGAAGAAAGAUGCUGGGGAGUACACCUGCGAGGCUGCUGGCCAGAAACUGACCUUCAAGGUUGAUGUCAAGGAGCCAGAAGUUGUGUUUACGAACAAGGACAAGGUCCAGAAGGAGGUGAAAGCUGCACUAUCAGAAAAUGCCACGCUGAGCUGCGAGGUGGCCCAGGAGAAGACCGAUGCGAAAUGGUACAAGGAGGGGAAACUGAUCACCUCGAGCAAGAAGUUCAAGGUGGAGUCGGAGGGCAAAUCGCGUCGCCUGGUGGUGGGUCAGGUGGAGAAGAAAGAUGCUGGGGAGUACACCUGCGAGGCUGCUGGCCAGAAACUGACCUUCAAGAUUGAUGUCACAGAGCCAAAACCUGCAUUUAUAAACCAGGAAAAGGUCCAGAAGGAGGUGAGCGCUGUCCUGACAGAAAGUGCCACCCUCAGCUGUGAGGUAGCACAGGAUGCCACCGAAGUGAAGUGGUACAAGGAUGGAAGACUGCUCAUUUCCUCUAGAAAAUUCAAAAUAGAAACUGUGGGCAAAACCCGGCGCCUGGUUAUAGAGCAGCUGGAGAAGAAAGAUGCUGGAGAAUACAUCUGUGAGGCUGCAGGCCAGAAGCUGACCUUCAAGUUGGAAGCAACUGAACCAGAGGCUAAAUUUGAAAAGAAAGUUGUCCAGAAAGAGCCUCUCAUAGUUCAAGAACACGAAAGCAUCACACUGACUACUUCAGUAACGCCUGAAACUGCUGCAGUAAAGUGGUUCAAGGAUGGAACAGAAAUCAAGGCGAGCAAGAAAUACGGGAUCAAGAGUGAGGGAGCAUCCAGGACCCUGACGGUGAACCUGGCUGAGAGCACAGACACUGCCGUGUACACUUGCCAGACAAAGAAUGACAAGCAGGAAUUCAAAGUACAGGUGAAAGAAAUCCCAGUGAAGUUUGCCAGAAAACUCGAAGCUGUUGACGCUGAGAUUGGAGGCAGCGUCACUUUGAGCUGCGACGUCAGCCAUGCCAAAGGCAAGGUGGUGUGGCGCAGGAAAGGACUUCAGAUCAAGCCCAGCAAGCGUUUCCAGCUUCAUGAGGAAGGGGUCAAGCGAACGCUGACGAUAACAGGGAUCCGCGCUGAGGAUGAGGGGGAGUACUCCUGUGAGUCCAGAGAUGACAAGAGCAGCGUUACCAUCACCCCCAAAGCUCCCAGAGUGGUGAAAUUCGUUACGAGCCUCAACAGCGUGGUCUCGGAGGAAGGAAAAGAGGCUGUGUUCAAGUGCACCGUCUCUCCCAGUGAUGCCGUGGUCACUUGGCUCAGGAAUGGUGUCAAGAUUGAAGCCAGCAAGAAGUACGUGAUCUCGCAGAAGGACACCAACCACAGCCUCACCAUCACCGAUCUGACACUGGAAGAUGCAGCUGAAAUCUGCGCCGAUGCUGAGGGUGUAGAAAGCAAAGCCAAUCUUAGAGUCCGAGAGGCCUCAAUCUCAUUCAAGAAGAAACUCGAGCCCAGAACAGUUGAAGAGAGGGACACAGUGACCUUGGAGGUAGAGCUGACCAAGCCUGCAGAGGUGAAGUGGAUGAGGAACAGCGUCGUAUUGAAGCCCAGUGAAAAAAUAGAGAUCAAAGCUGAGGGAACAAAGCAUACCUUGGUGGUUAAGGACAUCUCCUUUGCAGACAGGGGCUUCUACUGCUGUGAGAGUCCUGAUGACAAGACCCAAGCCAAGAUCAACGUGGAAA